AUGAAUGAAAUUAGUAAGGCAAUUGAGUCUCUUGAGCGCAAUAAACACUCUGGUAAAGGAGGUUUUAAUGCUGCGAUUGGCAGAGUGGUGGAGGGGGUGAGGAAGUAUAAUGAGGGUGUUGUAAACUCUAAUAAUCUUGUUAAAAAACCUGUUGAAGCAUUGAUGCAGAAGAUGACAAGGCUUCAAGGAGAGAUAAGUAAAAUUCAUGAUGUUCAUUCUUCUGUAGGUUCAAUGGACAAUAAGGUGGAAGAGUGUCUCAAGCAGGCAGAGGACUUUAUCGAUAAUAUUGCACAUAAUAACGAACACGUUAGCGAUUUGUCAGAUGACUUAGAACGUGAUGUUAAUAGUGCUAGAGAUAGUAUUGCGUAUCAGCGUGGUGAAUUAGACAGGAUUCAUAAGUUGCAGGAACAGGACAGGAAGGCGUUGGAGCAGGGUGUCAUCAAGGCGCUGAGGGCGGCUGGAGCAGCGAUUAAUGAAAGAAUCAAGAGAGAUGUUGAGAAGCUUGUUUCAGAUUUGAAAUCUGAUAUCCGUAAGAUUAAAGAUCAGCUUGAAGAUAUAAAUAUUGCUCUGGUAGGGUACGUGGAGAAGUUGGCGUCGUGGAUUGAGGAGGCGAAGAAGGUUAUCGAAUUCGCCGAGAGACACGUCGAAGCAAUUGAAAAGGAAGUGAAGGAUCCGGAACGAGGCGGAAGUAAUAAUUAUAAGUGUAUUAAGGAUGCGGCCGGGACUAUUGAUACGCAAGCAGGCAAGCUUCAUGAGCAAUUUGAGGAAAUGAAGAAGAAGUAUAAUAGUGUUUUCGAAUAUAUAAGGGGAGAGAACGGACGUGGUGAGACAAAAGAAUGCGUGGUUAAGCAACUGAAUGAUCUGGAGGACAAGGUUAUGAAGGAGGUGCCGGAUACAUUUGAAGGUUUCAGGCAAGGUAGAUGGAGUGUGAAUGGUAACAUGAGUAAGCUUAUGUAUCAAAUCAAACUGGACGUUGAGAAAUAUUUUGGAACUUUGGCAGGGGCGUUGAGUGAUGGUGUGACAGCAGCUGUAGGUGGCGGCGGUAUUCCUGGUCUCCGAGCUUUGGAGAUAGGAGAGUUGGGAAAGUUGAAGGACGUUGGCAAGUGGAUUGGAAAUGCCAUCGGAGACCAAAGUGGUCUUGGUGCGAAAUUAGAAUCAUUUUUACAGAAUCUAAGAACUGCUAAAACUGCAUGGCAUGGAGAUCCCCCUGCUUCUAAAAUAUACCAGGAAAUUGUCGAAGCACUUGGAGAGGCCAUCGCAAAACAGGCCAAUUCCGCUGUGAAAGACAAACUAAAAGACCUCUUGAGAGAGGCAGUAAAUAAAGGUAUCGAGACGGUGCAGGGUGAAAUUGCACUAGUUGUUGACAGAAUAGCUCAUAAGGUUGACAACGACGUUACCUCCCUUGAAACGGCCGCCCAAGCGGCGAGAUCCGCAAUCGAAGGCCCGGCUGGUAUGAUCGGCAUAAGAAUUGGUGACCUAUGCAACGAUAUCAAAAAGACCGGCGGAUACGUAAAGGACCGCUUGAAGGAGCUUAGGGAGCUUAUGUUCACAGAUGAAGUUCGUGUUUCCGGUAAGACGCAGAAGCAGAUGGGUCUUAACGAAAUUAAAAAUCAUCUUCACAUUCUACAGAGUCAGACACUAGACACUGCCAUUAAGGCCGUCUACAAAUUCCUCAAUGAGGACGCCGAAAAAGCCGGCAAGAAAAUUAUUGAAGCCCUCAAGCAACAUGUCAUCAAGCAAGUCGGAAUUGCCGAAUCCGCCAUCACCCAGGACCUCAAAGCAAAAUACGUCACGUUCAUGAAAGCACAACUGACAGCCUUCGCCGCAAAAUGCCAGGAUGAACUCAACGGGCUGCCGGACAAAAUCACCGCGGACGCGGACAAAGGCGCCAAGGGGUUCAUGAAGAAGGUGGAAGAGAGGUUUAUUCCCAAUUUCAACGAGUACAACAAGAAGCCUAUUAAGGAAGUUAAAUUCCUUGAACUUUCUUCAAAGUUCAAUCACAGCUUUAAUUAUUUUUUACAAGAACUAAAAUCUCAGUCGGACUUUACGUCCGACGCUUCAAAAAUAGAGUCCACUCGGAAGGCUCUGACAGCGUUGUUCACUAAACUUAUCACUUCACAACACUUCGAUCCCACGUACACCGAUAACCUACACACCCUAAAAUCCAAGCUUAAUGACCUAACACCUAAACAGUUCGGCGAAGAGUCCACUGCCCUGUUACAGUCCCUCAAGGACGGAAUGACGGCGCUGACCGACGUGCUGUCCAAGUGCUACAUAAACGCCUACGAGGGCGCUGAGCCGAUCGAUAAGUGGACUGAACCUCUGCCUGCUGACCUGGCAAGCAAGUCGACUGGCGCCCCCAAAACUAAGCUGACGCCGGACGGCGAGCGCUGUGCCAAGGCGUGUCUCACCAUAGUUCCCAUUGUAUUCAACACGUUGACUGAGCUUAAGCAGAAGCUUGAGAAUGACAAAAGUGCAUGGUCAAAGUAUAAAAUGUAUAACUCUGCGCAACGCAAGUCUGACCUAAGUAGCGUGUUCUUCCGUGAAAAUGGUUACGAUAUCACUCUUAGCGACAAUGCCGACAGCGGCGAACUUAAUCAUAAAAAUACCUUUAAAGGUAGCAGUAUUCUUGCACUUCUUGAUGGUGAUACAUGUGAAUUGUUUGAGAGUAACAAACAAUCACUUACGGACGAUUCCGAGCAGCUUGGUGAUGACGUUCUUAAAGUCGAAUCGGCCGAAGCUGGUGUCAUCCCAAAACUAUAUGAUUGGCUUAAGAAUUACUUCGAAGUCUGCCACCACACUCAUUUAGACUCACCCAAACUGCCAUGUUCCAUUUACGAAAUGCUUGCGUGGUGUUGCGGUUUCCAGUUUAAUACUGUAUUUGACAAAUUUAAGAAGCACAUUGAGUCCGAAUUCACGGUGGCCGAUAAGGAUCACCCAGAUGGCAAAUCAAUUAAGCCCAUCGAAGCGUAUCCGGCAGACGUUACUGCAACCGGCACGGUAAAAGCCUUGACAGAGAUGUGUGAGAAGGCGUAUCCCGUGCUCACUUCCAUACUGGGCAAUGGUCACGCAGGCGGUGUCUACGCCGUUGAGUUCUCCAACAAUUCACUGAAGCUGUACUACCCUAGUUCCAUGGUACAGUUGCUGUGUUUGUUAUAUGAGAUUGCCAAACGGCUGCACCAACAGCUCCAGUUCCUGUACCAACAAUGCAGAUAUGACUCCGACCAAAGCGGUUGGAGAGAGUGUUGGUACGGCAACCAAAUCGGUGGUUCGUCAUUCCAGUGUAACUCUAUCCAAUGCACUAACCAAGAGUGCAAGCUAAGUGCCAAGCAAGGUGCUACCCAAAAGGGUAACCAAACAGCUGACCAACGCUGUGAUCAGCAUCCUACUUGUGGCGUGAAAUCACCGUUACAGUCCUUUUUAGAGGACGGCCUUGUAGGUUACUUACCACACAGGGUAUCAUUUAUAGGGACAAGCUUUACAUGUUCCAACUGUCCCAAGUCGUCACCUAGCACGCCAUGUAAGACGCCUAUGGGCUUCCCUGAAAUCGCCGUUACCGCGUCCCACAGGAAAACUGGAAAGCAUAUUUACGAUGUGCUUCGUGAUUUCUGCAGCCGAUCUAGUAAGCCACUGAGUCAACUUUGCAGUUACUUGCAGUGUCUCCUCCAUCGCACUCCGCAGUCACUCGACGACAUGUGGGCAUUCUAUUAUAAUUUCCUUAAUGAGUGGCACGGCAAAGGCAGAGGUAGCGAUGUUGGUGUGCGACAUAAAAAACAGGCAUUUGAGAAUGCCGUCAACGCAGCGAAUUUCAAACGUCCUUAUGACGGCUUGAAAGUCAAUUCCGUAUUUCACAGCACUCACACAUCAAGAUCCAUGGGACAUCCCAAUGGUGAUCUCUUCAGCCUUAUUUGCGAUUCUAAGUUGCGCGGCAGAUGCGGUCCGUAUUUGCAAUCCCUCACCAAUGAUAUCGCUCGCAUAUAUUCAAAGAAGUAUGCUGGCAGAUAUUUAUCAUGGAUUGUCUACUUAAGUGAAACGUUCUACAGCUUACUCCAUCAGUUGUACGAGGAGUGCAAUAAAACAUGUGGCGGUGAUAAGGCAAGAUGCCGUAUUGCUAAAUGCCCACAAUCAUGUACUGCUACCGAGAAAUCACCAAACUCAAAUCACGAAUCUGGUUGCAGUUCAAUUAUAAAGUGCAAGAAUACGUCAUCGGUUCUCUGCAGAUAUGGGUUCAUGUUCACCAACCGACAGGUGCUGAGUGGUACGGAGCACACGGAAUACAGGAGGACGUGCAAUGAUUUCUGCAACGUGCUGAAGAAGGUGCUUGAAGAGAAUUCUGUUCUUGUCAAACUAUUCGAUGCUAUCGAUGAAUUUUUGAACGAGAUCAGAUUCCCCUUCAUGACAUUAUUGUUAGCCCUCUGGUCGCUGUCGCUCCUCUACCUGCGGCACAUCGCCGUCGUCCGCCUCGACGUGCUGAGGAUACGCUCGCACCUGAGAUCGCCCUCAAGCCACCGCAUCGCCGCGCAGUCCCUCCUCGCCGUUGCAAGGGUUAAGCAUGGGAAUGGUAAUGGUCAGGGUCUUGAUAAGUUGGCUGCAGCUUUGAAAAAGUUGAUUAAUGACGCCAUAUCUAAGGCUGCAACUUCCCUUCAACACAAAUCCGGCAAGCUCUCUUGCUCCCCAAAUCCCUACGCUGCUGACUCCUACUGUAGUCAGCUUGAUAGGGACAUUAAGUCCAAAAAUGAACAACUUAAAUCACUUGAUAAAGACUCUGAUAAAUCUCUAAUAUCCUCUUUAGAAGCUGAAAUACAGCGCUAUAAAUCCAACAAAGAUGACUGCACUAAGUCCCAUUUCAUGGACGACCAGCGUGCGUCCUCCCUUGAGGGGGAAGUGCAUGAUGGCAUUGAUGUUAUUGUGAAGCUUACACAGUUUAGUGGCGGUGAAGAUAGCGUUAAUACACUAAUUGAUAAAGAAAUUGAGAGGCUUACAAAGCAGCAUAAAGACUGUGAAACCUGCAAAAAUCAUCCGCAGUGCAAUCCCCCUUGUGACUGUGCUCAGCAUAAGAAGCUUGAGGAGCUUAAAAAGAAACUUGAGACAUUGAAACAGAAUAAUGAUAAUAAUAAUUGUGAAACAUUAUUAAAUAACCUUACUGAAGGCCUCGAAAAAUUUCUCGGCUACCAGGAUGGUAAUUACACCGGAGGAGGAAUUGUGUACUCGGACCUUGACAGGCUGUGCGACGGGGUGAUGGCGUUUUUGCAUGGAGUUCUCCAGACUGUGAAGGAGGAUGAUGCUAUUAAAAUGUACGAUAAUUACAUUAAAUUAAACAACAAUGAUGGUUUACAUAAUGUCCUUCAAAAUCUCCAAUCUUCAAUUGGCUCCGGGCGUAAUGGCCUUUCGGCGUCUGUCACCAAGGUGAAGGAGUGGUUGGGGAAAUAUAAUGAGGAAGUUGGCAACAAGACAAAAGCAGUGACCGAUGGAUUAUCUACACUUAUAGGUAAGUUACAUGAUGGGUCUAAUUCUGUUGCAGGUGAAAACUUCUACAAUCAAGUCAACGAGCAAGCCGGCCAGCCACUUGCCAGCCAGCUGGCGGCGUGGACGGGGACACUUAAUGAGAUUUCUAGCGCACUUAGUAGAGAUGUAGAAACAAAAGUUAAUGAGUUAGAUAGCGCACUUAGAGGUAAAAUAGACGCAGAGAUGAAGCCGAUAACUAAGGUUGUCGAGCACCUACAGAACUCAGCUAGCGAUGAGGUCAUGGCGGCGUGCCAGGCUGUGGAUCGGCAGUUAGACGAGCACAAAGAAAAUGUGCUUAUGCAGAUUGAGGAAUUCUCUACAGUUCAACUGGAGAAUAUUUGCGAGAAAUUCGCGAAUAUAUGCCAGGAAAUUAAUGAACUGCAAGGCUUACGAUCCGGGCAGUUUGGGCAUAUUAAAAAUGUUGUCGAGAACCUCAAUUCUGCUGUUUGUGAGUUUGUUCUGAAAUUCGAUAAGACGUAUAAUAUUCCAAUCUCUGAUAGGUUUAAAAAGAUUAAAGCCAAAUUGGGGUACAUUGACCCUAAGAAUAGCAAGGCGGGUGCCUUAGAAGAAAUGUCAAUGCUUUACAAGCUAGCCAGUAAAGUCCAGGAGCACAUUAAAGCACUAGACUCCAAGCUUCAAAAGGGCGCCAACGCAAUCGGCGGCGCAAUUAGUUCAGCUGUAACUGAUGUCAGCAGUGCACUUAAUCAAUUGGAUCAUAAAGUGCAGGAGGAUUUGGAAGGGCUAAAGAAUCGUAUUAAGAGUGAGUUGAAUAGCUACGUUAGGAAUGAGAUGCCUACGCUUAUAAAAGAUAAGCUCGAAGAGUUUACUGAUGAAAUUGCGAGACAGGACGAUCACAAGGCUUCGAAACCUGAAGGGCAUUUAGAAAAAAUUGUUUCUGGAGCCGGCAAGUAUGCGCGUUUGUUUGAACAAAAAUUUAGGGAGGCGGUUAAUGGGAUGCUUCACAAGAUGGUGGAGAGUGAUGCUGUAAGCACAUAUAUCUAUUGGUAUGUUGAGGAAACAGAAAACAAGAGUAAGGUGAGAGGAAGUGGUACGGAUGGGCAAAUUAAUGAAGUCAAAACUGCAAUUAAGGGCUAUUUGCAACAGAUCAUGCAACAUUACGUUAAUGAGGUUGCGAAGGGUGUGAACUUUACAUCUGUAACACACCUGAGUCAAUUGACAGGAAAAUUUGGAGUGUUUGCUAAUGACAUUGAAAGAGAGAUCAUUAGAGCGCUUACUACAAAUAAUAAACUCAAUGAUAUUGCCGGUGAUAUUGCGGAUACGGUCGCAAGCAACAGGUCUCCUACCACCAAAAACGACUAUCUUAAAUCUGCUCUCGAGGUUGUCAUUGCUGCUAUAACUGCGCUGGCCAAAAGACUUCCAGAAGAAAUACAGAGAUUCAAAGAUGAUUCCCAUGUUAGCAAGAUAGACGCGGUUAUGGAGGCUGUUAAGGGGAUUGGCGAGAAGCUUAAGGACGCGCUUACCCCGCAACCAGGCGACACUGGUAGUAAUCUCGGUGAUGGUAUCAUGCGACAAAUUAAUCAGGCGCUGAAUACUAAGAUUGGAGAGAGUCAAACCGCUAUAAAUCUUGGUCAGAAUGGACUAAUGGAAAAUUACCACAAGUGGGUUACAAACCCUGGAGAACCAAACAACCUCAAGACCAAAAUUGACCAGAUUAAAGAAAGCCUUGCAAAAUUCUUCAACAACGGUAAGGAUAUUAACGAACAUUCACAAUUCAAUAUUAUCGACAGUGGUCCGUUUCAGAAGUAUUUCCAAAAUAGAUCGGAAGCCCAACGUGUCAUUCAAUCCAUUAUUAGUAAGAUUGAGCAACUUGAGGAGGUGCCCGGGGAGAUUCAGCAUGAGGGACAAACAACUGGAGAGAUGUUGGUGAAGUUAAAGGAGGAGAUACAAUGUCAUUUUAAUAACAUCGAAGCCAAUGUGAACUCGGCCGAUACAGCAUUAAAUGCAGCCAUAAAAUCCGUCAGGAAAGCAAUAUCCGUUGCCAAUUCGGAUAUCAACAAUGCCAUCUCCGAUCUAAAUCAACAUCUUCUUUCGCAGGUUGAAACCGCCUUCAAAACAAUUACCAUAGACAUACGAAUCCUUUUUGCAGAACAGCACAAAUCUGACCUGGAAGCAUUAAGGCAACUAGUCACCAAACAAACGUCUUUGAUCACCGAGAUCAUAAGGGAUGAUAAGAUGAACGGUGUUAAGGGCCUGCUAAUGUGGGUGAAUAAAAACAAAGGUAAGAAGCUUAGUGAAAUGCAAGACAUUUUCAAAACGUCCACUGCACAACCGCAGGAGAAUUCCAAAAAGUUCAAAGCUUUAUCCGCUACGUUCGAGAAGUACUUAGAUCAAAUACUGGAAUACGUUGAGUAUCAGGUCAUGACUCCGAAAGGAGAUCAGACGCUUGAUAAACAAGGGAAUAAACAAUCUGGUCAAAUAAGAAACAUCAAGCAAAAUGUAGACUCCCUGCUCGACCACCUCAAAGCCCAUGACGGUAAGAAAUACAAUUUCGACUACGAGUUCAACAAAAAAUUAGCCGCACUCAAAGAUGCCGUCACCGCCCUAAGCGCCACUGAAUUCGGCCAGGGCGUAAAUCCUACGCAUCUCAACGUCAUAAGGCGCGGCGUCUCGGACCUCCACGAGGAGCUACGCAAGCAGUACGUCAGCAGGUACUCGGGGGCUGCGGAGAGCUUUGAGUGGACGAAACAGAAUAAUCCUCCAACUCUGAAAAAAGAGCCGUCGGAAAAGGCGAUGAAAUGCGCCCACAUCCUCCUCACCAUUCUCAAGACUCUGGAUCACGAUUUGCGUGAGCUCUAUAAGAGAUGCGACAAGAAGAAAGGUGAUUGCAGGGAAAACAAAAUUUCCCUCAUAUCCAAGCCAAGCGUCUAUAAUCCCCUCGGCGCAUUUUUCAGGGACUGCGGCUACAGGGUGUCCAAGUUGGAAGAGCCCUAUGAAGGAGAGCUGAGAUGUCAUCAAGAGAUGAGGGGGGGAGACGUUUUCGGGAAACUUGUUGCGUCAAUAACCGACACCCAUAAUAAUUCACACCUUAAUGCGUGCGUAAAAGAAAAACAUCACGAAGGCCAAACGGCGAAAUCACUAUUUGAUCUCUUUGACCUACUUAAAUGUCUCACAUCUCACAUUAAUGAAUACUACCAAUCUUGCCACCUCGGACUCCCGAAGUCCAAAAAGCAUCCGUGUUCCGUGCGUGAUAUCUGUGUAUGGCUUUCCGGCCUUCCUCACACUGCAGUUUAUAAAACAAUUAAGGGGCACUGCACAAAGAUGCUCAAUGAGCAAGACAAAUCGACCGGUGCAUUCCCCAACCAGGAUGAUAAAGUCAUGAAGAGAUCCUUGGAUUACCUUCACGGUAACAUUAAAACUUUAUGUAAAUUGGCACAUAGAUUACUAGUCUCCAUCCAGGGCAAUGGCUGUGGCUAUGACUACGCUGCGUAUCCGUAUGCCUGUUGCUUUGAGAACAACCACGGACAAUUCUAUUACCCGGGUGAUCCGUCGUCGUUGCUUGACAUGUUGAAAUAUAUGUGUACUCGUUUGUUGCGUGCAAUGUCAUUCUUAUACCAACGUUGUAAGUACACAGCAUUGGAAGGCAACGGGUGGCGUGAGUGUCAAUAUGGUUACCGCGUCGGCACCUACCACUGGGACUGCGACAAGUCAAUCGAUGACUCAAUCACUAAACCAAAGAGUCAAGCUAAGUGCCAACCAAAUAGCCAACCAAAUAGCCAACCAAAUAGCCAACCAAAUAGUGAACCAAAGUGCUUACCAAAGUCCCCGCUUCAAGCCCAUCUUAUGGACGGGCUUCCUGGUUUCAUGCCACAUAAGUUCACAGCUGUCGGUUGCCAGCCCACUUGCUCAACGUGCCCUAAGGGCUCACUGGUUGGGCAGUGUAUCACCCCGAUGGGCUUUGCAGAUUUGGCAACUGCGGGCUCUAUUACAGGCCGUGGCGAGGAUCUUGUUGAUCUGCUUGCUGACCUUUGUAAAAACGGCGCCUCAGUUCUCUGUGAAUUAGUGCACGCAUUACAAUGCAUAUCGCCCUCUCCGCCGAAGGGCUUGGCAGAGAUGCUCUCGUACUUCUGUAACAUUUUCCAGAAAUCGUAUGGUUCAGUGUAUGGUUUUUACAAUGAACAUAAAAAUGCAAUUGAUGAUGCCAUCCGCGGCAGCUUCCCGUUCGAGACAUGGCUUCACAACAGAUACAGUGCUUCCAAUCUCACCAAUAAAUUUAGCGAGUUAUCUUGUAGUAGCUCUCACAACAAUCAACUACAAGAUGAAAGUCAUUGUGACCUUUGGAGCAUAUCGCAAAUUUCUAGUACUGCUGAUUUAAGAGAAUGCUCUCUUAAUAACACUACCUGUGCUCCCUACCUCAAGGCUCUCUGCCAUGACGCCUGUCACACAUACCCUGCGAAACACGCAAACUUGUAUCUGGCAUGGCUUUGCCGGUUGGCAUGGACAUUCUGGGAUUUGCUUGAUCAGUUGCUCAAGGCGUUCAAUGACAUCUCUUGUCAAUCAUAUGGGUGUACAUGCAAAUGCGGUUUUGGUAAACACGGCGUCACUGAGGAAGAUACAUCGCAACCUAAAAAAGUGCCGACGCCUCCCAAAAAAAGCUGCAGUUGUCAUUCAAUAGUUCAGUGCAAAGGACCUAUGUCCGUAUUCUACCAAUAUGGUUUCACAUUCGGAUUACCGAAAGAUUUAAUGGGAUCCGGAAGCAAGAAGACAUGUGACAGUUUCGUAAAGCAGUUGACAAGAGUGCUGCACAGAGGAUAUUUCAAAGAAUUAUUUGACGAAAUUGAUAACUUCAUUUGGGCCAUUCGUACACCCUUCACAUACCUCUUGUUAGCCCUCUGGUCGCUGUCGCUCCUGUACCUGCUGCACAUCGCCGUCGUCCGCCUCGACGUCCUGAGGAUACGCUCCCACCUGAGAUCGCCCUCAAGCCACCGCAUCGCCGCGCAGUCCCUCCUCGCCGCCGCACGCGUCAAGGCACUCGCCAACGUCAAGUACUUCUCACCAUAA